GACGGGGAGACAAGGCGAGGAGGAGCGCCGUGUGCUGUGAAGGAAGGAAGGAAGGAAGGAAGGAAGGAAGGAAGAGGAGGGAAAUCGAAGAAGGGGGAUGAUGAGAUUGCAGGGGGAUGAAGAAGACAAGGCAGGCUCCAGAUUGAAUUGAAGGCGCCAUAUGGGUUCCGUUGCGUACUCUCAUCAAGCCCUCGCCAUCGCCAAUCUGACCAUGGCCGACUCGCUAACUGCCUCGCGCUGGGCUGACCUCGAUCGCCUCCUGCUUCGUCCUGGCAACCUCGUCGGCCCUGGCUUUGAGCCUGGCCCUGAGCUGCUUGAUUCGUUGCAAAAUGAUUUGCGAGUGCUGGUGAUUGGAGCAGGAGGACUCGGAUGUGAGCUUCUUAAAGAUCUGGCUCUGUCAGGGUUUGGCCAUAUCGAUGUCAUUGAUAUGGACACCAUUGACGUGUCCAACCUCAAUCGACAAUUCCUUUUCAGAAUGCAAGAUGUUGGGAAGCCCAAGGCUGAGGUGGCUGCACAAAGAGUGAUGCAAAGAGUGAAGGGUGUCACAGUUGUCCCUCACUUUUGCAGAAUAGAGGAAAAAGAUGUCUCAUUCUAUCAAGACUUUCAAAUCAUUGUCUUGGGCUUAGAUUCCCUGGAAGCACGCAGCUACAUCAACUCUGUAGUCUGUGGAUUCUUAGAGUAUGAAGAAGAUGGCUCACCAAACCUGGCCACACUUAAGCCUCUGGUGGAUGGUGGUACAGAAGGGUUCAAAGGCCAUGCUCGAGUUAUUUUCCCAGGAAUCACACCUUGUUUUCACUGUUCACUUUGGCUGUUUCCCCCUCAAGUCACGUUUCCAUUGUGCACUCUAGCUGAGACUCCUCGGUCACCAGCUCAUUGCAUUGAGUAUGCUCACCUUAUUCAAUGGGGUCAGGAACGCCAAGGAGAAUCUUUUGAUGCAGAUAAUCCUGAGCAUAUGAAGUGGAUAUAUGAUCAGGCUGUGAAACGGGGUGAGCAAUACAAUAUCUCUGGAAUCACUUACUCCUUAACUCAGGGUGUUGUCAAGAAUAUUGUACCAGCGAUUGCUUCAACAAACGCCAUUGUAGCGGCCACUUGUGCUUUGGAAACCCUAAAGAUAGCUACCAUGUGCAGCACAGGCAUGGACGUGUACAUGCAAUACACAGGUACAGAAGGAAUUUACAUGCGUACUGUGCCUCACGACAAAGAUCCUAACUGCAUUAUGUGUAGCCCAGGAGUCCCUGUGGAGGUUGACAAUACUAUCACACUGCAAAAGUUCUUAGAUCAACUAUUGAAGGAUUCUAGAUUCAAACUGAAGUUGUCGAAACCAAGCGUGUCGUAUCAUGACCAUAACCUCUACAUGCAAGCGCCUCCUGUUUUGGAGGAAAUGACUCGACCAAACUUGCAGCAGUCUCUUCUUGAUCUUAUGGACGGCAACACAGUAGGGGUGCUAAAUAUAAAUGAUCGAAGAUUGACUGGAGUUUUGCGAGUGCGCGUCACAUUUAAGGAGGGUCUUGAUUCCAUAGACAUGGACACAGUUGGAGGAGGCUGAUGCACCCUCAAGUAACGGAAUUGGAAUCGACUGUCCGGUGAUGCUUCUGAUAGAUUAUGCAUGGGUUCUUGAUAUUUUCAUUUCUUCACAUGAAGUUCCAGAAAUUGUUCAGUUUCUCUGGCCUUGAUGAUGCACUCGGUUCGAAGUUUUUCCUCCUAAAUUCUUGAUCUAGACAGCUGAUAUUUAGAGUUAAUCCAAGCAGAACCCAGGAGUGGAUCAUCUUUUCAACAUCUCAUUUAAGGAUUAGUCACGUAGAGGUCAGGUGGCUUGCUUUUUAAGUCGAGAGUGCAUUGGAAGCCCCACAAUUUGUAUUUGUUCAUGACUAUUAAACCUCUCUUUUACGGAACAUAUUACUGUAUGUUCUUAUAAUCCUUAAUAAGAAUGCCUGAAUUUCUACUU